GUAUUUCUUCCUCAGGUCCGUCUGUCUGCAGCACAGAUAAUGUCCCUGGACAGGGUGCUGAUAAGAGAGCUCUCCAACCUUACAAAGCAGACCGGGACCCACCAGCAGGGAGAGGUGCAAUCUGAAGAUGGGAAAAGGCAAAAAACAAAUUCCCUGGAAAAAAGCAGAGAGGAUGAAGCUGCCAGGCAGGUCUCUGAAGCCGCUGAAGAGUCAGAGGACAGCACCUCCAGUACGGCUGGGACCUCAGACCAGUCUGAUGAUAGCAGCUCCGGGACGGCUGAGACCUCAGACCAGUCUGAUGAUAGCAGCUCCGGGACGGCUGAGACCUCUGACCAGUCUGAUGAUAGCAGCUCCGGGACGGCUGAGACCUCAGACCACUCUGAUGACAUUAGCCCCGGGACGGCUGAGACCUCAGAGCCACCACCAGCUCGUGUUCCUGGGUCCACUAGCUACUCAAUGGACACUGCAGAGCCUGUUACAUCUUUUGUUGGUUCACCUCAGCCACCACCACUGCAGCCUCAGCCGCCAAUACCGAGUGAGGUCAGUGAAAUGGAGCACACAUGGGAGGCCUUAGAAGAGCCAGAGGACAGCAGCUCCAGGACGGCUGAGACCUCAGAGCCACCUCAGCCACCACCACUGCAGCCUCAGCCGCCAAUACCGAGUGAGGUCAGUGAAAUGGAGCACACAUGGGAGGCCUUAGAAGAGCCAGAGGACAGCAGCUCCAGGACGGCUGAGACCUCAGAGCCACCUCAGCCACCACCACUGCAGCCUCAGCCGCCAAUACCGAGUGAGGUCAGUGAAAUGGAGCACACAUGGGAGGCCUUAGAAGAGCCAGAGGACAGCAGCUCCAGGACGGCUGAGACCUCAGAGCCACCUCAGCCACCACCACUGCAGCCUCAGCCGCCAAUACCGAGUGAGGUCAGUGAAAUGGAGCACACAUGGGAGGCCUUAGAAGAGCCAGAGGACAGCAGCUCCAGGACGGCUGAGACCUCAGAGCCACCUCAGCCACCACCACUGCAGCCUCAGCCGCCAAUACCGAGUGAGGUCAGUGAAAUGGAGCACACAUGGGAGGCCUUAGAAGAGCCAGAGGACAGCAGCUCCAGGACGGCUGAGACCUCAGAGCCACCUCAGCCACCACCACUGCAGCCUCAGCCGCCAAUACCGAGUGAGGUCAGUGAAAUGGAGCACACAUGGGAGGCCUUAGAAGAGCCAGAGGACAGCAGCUCCAGGACGGCUGAGACCUCAGAGCCACCACCAGCUCAUGUUCCUGGGGAUGCGGCAAGCAAAACUGAAGUCACACCGGAGGCGUGCCUGACCUUACAGGAGAGGGAGGAAAGCAGCGAGUCGGAUGAAGAGGAGCAAAAAGUUGUAAAGAAUCCUUCUAAGAAGUUGCUGAAGCCAAGGAGGCUUUAUGAGUACCAUGGUCCUCUCUACCACCAAUCAACAACAUCAGCACAUGGGUCCCAGCCAAUGACAACGCGGCCACAGCCACGGCCACAACCGCAGCCGCAGCCGCAGCCGCAGCCGCCAUCGCCAUCACCAUCACCACCAAGUGAAGGCAAUUUAAGCAAGACGGAGGACACAGAGGAGACUGACACCCCAGAUGAGUCGGACGACAGCACGUGGUCACCUGAUGAGUCAGAAGAAGGGUUGACAGCUGAUGAUGCACAAGAAGUGCUGCAGAGUCCUCUCAAAAAGUCACGCCGGAAGAGUGGUUAUUGCCUGCCCAAAGUGAGGAGUCCCAGUUCAUCAAAAACUAAAAGGAGGGUUUUAACGUACCCAGAUGACCUCAAAGAUGAUAUCCGGAGACUGUUCCGUGAUGUGUGGAGUGACACCAUAACCGUUAGAAUGAUGAAUGCUGUUCUCAACAGAGAGCCAGCGCUUCUGCAGAAAUGCCAAAAACUGAAGUUGACUAUACACAAUUUACGUGGUCUUGUUCUAAAAUUGCAGGCAGAGUGAUUUUUAAAUUUUGUUUAUGGAAUAUCUUUUUGGCAGCUGUUUUUAUAUUGCUUUUGUGUAUGUUUUCUUGUUUCAUGUUAAUAUUAUGUUUAUUUCAUAUUCAUUUCAUUGUGGUGUGACUAAUCAAAUAUGUUGAACAUGUUUGUGUUGAAUUUAAUAAAUGUUGAAUACUUUGAAUUUAA